AUGGGCGUAUUGAUAGAAAUAUCGGCCCCCGCGGGCACGCGGAAGGGGCACCUCCGGCGAAUCCAUCCGUGGUCGCAAGAAAGACGAGAGCACGUUGAGACUAACAAAGAGGAGGAGGACGAGGAGGAGGACGAAGAGGAAGAGGACGAAGAGGCUUCCGGCGUCGUGCGCGACUACAGGCAAUACACCAACGAAGGUCAGGGGGACGAAGAACAACAACAACAGGAGGAGGAGGAGGAGGAGGAGGACGAAGAGGACGAGGAGGAAGAGGAGGAAGAGGAGGAGGCACCAGAAGACGAGGUGGAAGGGCUGGAGGAAGAGAGGCUCGAGCGCCGAGAGGGGCAGCGGGGGGCGGGGAAGGCGGAGCGGGUGCCAGAGGAGGAGGAAGAGCGGGAUGACCCCGCUUGGGGGGUGGAGGACGCGGAGGCGGAGGAGGCGGACCCGGACUUCCAGAAGAUGCACAAGUUCAACUACCGGGCGGUCGACCUGGAGGGCGAGAUCCUGGAGUGUCCGUGGGUGUGCCGGGGCUGCCUACGGCGGUCUACCAGUUGCGGGUGCCCCGAGGGCUUCCCUGCCUGGCUCGACAGCGAUGUGGGCCAGGCCCGGCAGUCGCUCUUCCGAAGGUACAACUGCAGGGCCGGUGCUGCGGGAUGCAGCUUCUGCAGGAGGGGUCCUGGGCAUCUCAUCCUCCUGGGCGAGUGGGCUAGAGACGUACAGGCCAUCAGCGAAGGGAUACCGCCCCCGAGCUCUCGUGCCCUGCUUCAGACGACGCCGCAGGACAGGAUGGGCGUCCUCGGCGAUCGGACGGCGAUCCCGGACAGGCUGGCACCGGCCAGAGCGGCUCGGGCGGCCAACGCUCUCCUGCGGCGGCAGCGGGAGCAGCGGCAGCGGGAGAUGAUGGAGGAGGGUGGCGGGUUGGAGGACGAGGACGGAGGCGGCGCGGAGGGAGACCAGUACGCGAGAGACUACCGCUUGAGGGUCGGCGGGACGCGCAAGCGCGGCCGCCGCGAUCUCUACGACGACGCUUCCGCCGCCGCCGCGGGCGGCACGGGAGCGCCUGCGGGGGCGGCGGCGGCGGCGAAGGCGGCGGCGGCGAAGGCGGCGGCGGCGUCGGCGGCGGCGGCUGCCGGUGGGGCGUGGCGUUCGGAGGAGUCGAGCGCGGAAGGAGGAGGAGGUGAUGGUGGUGGUGCGGCAAGCUCGACGGCGGCGCCGGCGGUGGCCGCGGUAGCGGGGAUGGAUCGUGUCGCCGUUUCCCUGCGAACCCCGUCAGCGGCCUCUUUGUUGCCAGGUACCGACGACGUCGGCGGCGGAGGCGGCGGUGGUGACAAGCAGCAGCUGGCCGCCGUGCCCACCCCUGCUACGGCCACCGGCGUGACCGCUCCCGGUGCGGAAGCAGCGGCGGGGGCAGCGGUGCCUGGUCCUUCUUCUGCUUUGGGGGCAAAGGCUGCUGCUAGCGGCGGCGGCGGCGGCGGCGGGUUCAGCCGCGGCGGUGCCGGGCCAUUCUUCACGCCGACGCCCAUGGCGGGGCCCAGGCCGGCGCUCGCCAGGGGCGGGUGGGCCUCCCUCUUCGCAUCGACGGCCGCGGCGACGUUUGUUCCUCCUACUCCCGCCGCCGUUGUAAAAGAAGACGGCGGCGACACCGGCGGCGGGGACGGCGGCGGCGGAAGCGGCACCACCGCCGUUGCGGCCCAGAAGAAGCAGCAGGCCCCCGAGGCGACGGGUCCAAGCGAUAAGGCGAUGGCCGUCUCCGCCGGAAGCCCGGCGCCGGCGGCGGCAGCGGCAGCGGCAGCGGAGAGCUCGGGAGCUUGGUGGGUCAACCGGCCGGAGUCGGUGCUGAGGUGUCUGCGGGAGCUCCUCCUGUCCUCCUCCUCCUCCUCCUCCUCCUCCUCCUCCUCGUCCUCGAAGGACGGCAAGCGGCACGGCUACGACAAGAGAAGCGGCAACGGCACCGCCGACACCGCCGCCGCUGCAGGGGCGUCCACGCCCGCGCCGCCCCAGCCGUCGUUAUCAUCCUCGGCGUUGGUCUCUCUCCUGCUGGAGACGGCCGGCGGCGGAACGCCGUCGACGUCCGCGGGAGGUGCGAAAGCGUCGACCGUAUGGCAGGAGCAGGAGCAGGAGCAGCGGCGGCAGCAGGCGAACGCGCAAGAAGACUUUGCCGCGGGGCUGAGGGGAGGUCUGCUGGAGCAGCUGGCCGGGAAGAUGAGGCUCUUGCUCAGGGCGGGACUCUCCUGGGGGGGCAACGCAGAGGGAGAUCGUGGGGGGGGAGUGAUGAGGCUUGAGAUGGGGCUGGAGGAGUACAUCUCGCUGGUCGAGGACGUGCACCGUGCGGUGGAACGGACGACGAGGCAAAAGCAUGACAGCUUGAUGCAAGAGAGGAAAAACAGCAGAGAGGAUGGCCUAGGGAAACUGAAAGAACGCCUGAGACGGCUCGAGAGCAAGAGAGGGUCGAUACGUGCCGAUCUCGACCGCCUCCGUCGGCGAAUGGUGUCCAAGACCGACCGCAUCAAGACACUCAGAACUCUGGCGGACGAGUGCUGGGCGGAGGGAGAGCCGUCCAUCGGACGCGACACUCUUGACAAUCUGGAGGCCAUGAUCAGGAAGGAGAAGACCCACCUCUCAAAGUUUCGCGCCAGGGCGAAAGAGCUGGAGGCCCACGGCGUCGACACGGAAGCGUUAUUGGCGGGGAUGAAGGAGGACAAGGGUGGGGGGGGGGAGGCGUCAUCCCUUCCCGGGACAAGCGCGGCGGCCUCCCCUACCGCCACGGCCGGCGGUUCAGCCGCCGGCGCCGCCGGCGGUACUGGUUCCGACGGGAGCGGCGUCGGCGGGAGCGGGCGAGGCGCGUCAUCCCGGGAGGACGAGAAGCCUGUGGGGGUUGUGCGGGGGGCUGCGGCGGCGGGUAGUAGUGAUUCCGGGAAGAAGACGACUAAGGAGUUGUUGUCGUCCAAGACCUCCUCUGACACCGGCAAAGAGGGCUCUAGGUCGCCCGCAGCGGCGGCGACUACUGGCGGCGGCGUGCCCACGAAGAAGGCCGGCGCUUCUCCUGCUACUGCCGCUGCUAAGCCCUCCGCAACGGCAACCGGGGGCUGCGGGGAGAGCAACGGUUUCCCCGCUUCAGCACCUUCCACCGCUGCUGCCGCUACUAAGGCGUCGGCUGCCGCCGGUGGUGCGCUAGCGACCGCGGCGGCGGGGGGGAAAGGCGGCGCUGGUUCCGAAGAAGGCGGAGCGGCGGCGGCGGGAGCUCCGGCACCGCCGCUGGCGGCAACAGGAGCAUGUGCUCCUCCGCGGCCCUCCUUGGCCAUAAUGACCACGUCCACGGCCUCCGCUCUCGCGGCACCGGCGCUGGCAGUAGAAGUCCCUUCUUCCGGGGAGGACGGUGCAAGAGGGGGGCGCGCAAACAGCAACCCGGUCGGAGGGGGGGUGCGGUUCAUCCAGAGGGACCUGGAAGCGGCCCAGCUGAUGGUCCAGGCUCGGAAGCUCGACCUGGCCGCCAGGGAGUGGGUCGGGCUGCGGUGCCUCCUCUUGAGGCGUGCCACCGCUGCCGCUGCCGCCGCUGCUCCCGUCGCCCCGUCACUUCGAGGUGGUUCGACUCUGGUUCUUAGGCCGGCCGCCGUGGUCUGUGAAGCAUCCAAUGACGGCGGUGGUGCCGACAACGCCGCCGACGAUGAUGACGAGACCAACAACAACAACAAGACCGGCAAGCCGAAGAGUGCCGCCAAGAGCAACAACAACAACAACAACGCCUCCUCCUUCCCCAAGGCGGCUACGGCGGUCAGACGUUCGUGGUCGAAGGAGCUAGACGCGGCCCUGCAGGCGUCGCCGGAAGACGCCGGUCUGGUGGUGGAGAGCCCCCGGGAGGCCGUACCCCCCGGCGGCGGGUGUGGUGAGGAGGCCAGGGUGGGCUGGGGCGGCUGGGGGUCCGGCGGCGACGAAAAGCGGUACCUCGCCCAAGCGCACACGCAGGAGUUCCUCGCGCACAUGUCCGCCAUGGGGCGGCAGGAGUGGGGCGCCGCUUCCGCCUCGGCGGCGUGCGUCGUGAGAGGCGUGUCUGCCGUGCUCUCCGGCAGGUGCACGAACGCUCUCUGCCUCCUGGAAAACCCGGGGAGGCAUGCUCCCAGCGGGGGCUACUCGGUUGGGCACGGGUGUGGGGUACCGAAGCUGAAGGAGGGGGCGUGCUGCGCCGUGAACAGCGUCGCCGUGGGGGCGCUCUACGCGCACAUGCAGUGGUCCGUGGGGCGCGUUGCCGUGGUGGACUUCGGCACUCACCUCGCGACCGGCACCGCGGACAUCCUCUGCCGCACGCUGGACCCGGCCUUCCUCUACGCUACCGUUGCCGUGUCCGCUGCGCUCGAGGCCUUCCGGCCGGACCUGGUGAUGAUCUCCGCCGGCCUGGACGGGAGGAAGGGGGACCCGUGUGGGCGGGGGGACCUGGUGGCCGAGGACUUCGAGUGGCUAACGCUAGAGGUUGGUGUGUUGGUGUAAAGACGGUGGACAUUGUGUCGUGUUCUGUUCCUCCUCAACCAAGUCUUUCGAUUAUCUCUGGGCGAUCUCACCACCCAAGCCUCUCUCUGUGUUGGUUGAGGGACGCAAGGCUGCCUGACGUGGCUUUUGGCUUGCGCCCCGAGAAUUAGAAUAUCGGGUGUUAUCCGUGUGCCCCCUCGCUCCCCACCGGCAAACACUGCUUGCUGCUCGCUUUGUUGUAACGGUACGCAUAUCGUAUACCGUAUGUAGUCUUGCCACCGCUACUUUUUCUACCUUCUUGUGUUCUGACUUUUUGUCUUUGGUUUUCGAUGGUGUUGUUGUCGGAGUUUUCCCUUUCGCACGUCUGCUCCGUACGUCGGUGUCGUACGUCGGUGUCCGUCUUGCGUGCGUUUGUGUGUCGUGUGUGUGUAUUUUAGUUUCUCAACACAACAGAAUUGGGUGGUGCCACCGGCUGAUGACCCCCAAGGACAGUAGUCUUUGGAAUAAGAUAUUGUAGUCUUUUGUGUGCUCUUGCUUGUGUUCGGUGCUUCCCUUCUCCACUCCAGGGUAGCCACAGAGGCUAGAGGGCUUUCGGUUUCUUGCUGGGUGGAUUGCCGGUCGGCGGCCUACUUUCAAUUCAGCGUCGUUGUCAUCGUCGUCGUCGUCGUGGUUUUGCAGCCGGUGUACCUGCGGUGG